AAUUUUCAGGGAUUUUGUUUAAGUUUGUGAAUUUGAGUUUCUAUGAUCUUACCAACUAUAAUCACAACUCCUGAUCGAUUGUUUUCAUUGGUUAAAAAGAAAAAGAGUGGGAGCAAGACGAGUUAUCCAGUUCAUGUGUGGAAGGACAACCCCAGACUCUAUUUGUCCAAGUCGCUACCUUCACUUAUUCUAAACCAAAUCAAACGGAUUUGGAAAACUCCAAAGCCCACCAAUCUCACUUUCUUUUUCCUUCUUUUUUUUCCAAUCACCUCGCUUUAACUGCUUUUCUCAAACCGCGUUUCCCAAGGUCUUUUCCGUCAUAAUCACUGUCACUUUCACUCUCCCUCCCAACUUCUUUUCUCAUUUUCCCCUUCACCUCUAUAAAAACCCUGAAAACUAUUUUAAUUAUAUUCAAAAAGAGAAAAGCCCGGCCGAGAAUAUUGUCUCUCAUUUGCUAAUGUUGAAGCAGGGAUGAUAGAAGAAGACAAGAAAAGGGAUUAGUGUUUUUGAGCAUGGCUGACAACGGUGAAGAAAAGCUGUUAGCGGUGGCAAGGCACAUAGCCAAGACGCUGGGCCAAAACGACACCAUGGCGGACGAUAUUUUGCAGAUCUUUUCAAACUUCGACCGCAGAUUUUCUCGCGAGAAGUUGUCUGAGAAAAUUGUCCACGAGGACCCCCAUGGAUGCGCCACGCUCGACCGAACCCUCAAAUCCUUGGACCGCCGUAUCUCCCGAUACGUGGCUGUUGAUCAUCCCAUCUGGGCUGACAAGGCUGAUUCUUCCGCCUUCCUUGACGCUAUUGACGAGUUGAUUGGAACGAUCAGAGACUGGAGCCCCAUGGCCGCUGAGAAAUCCAUUGGCGCGUAUCUUGUACGCGCGGACGACUUGAUGCAACAGGCUAUGUUCCGCGUAGAGGAUGAGUUUAGGUGUCUGAUCGAGCGAGGUGCUGAGUCAUUUGAACUGAGUCGAAACAACAACGAGUCAACAGGGAACUUAUCAUUCGAUUCAGAGGACGAAAUUGAAGAAAACGAAGAAGGAAUUCUUUACAACGGUGCGGAUCUUGAUCACCAGAUCCCCAUUGCUCAACCGAUAACGGACUACGACAUCGUAAUCGACGCGCUUCCAUCGGGGACUAUAAACGACAUUCACGAGAUCGCCAAGCGCAUGGUAGCCGCAGGGUUCGGAAAAGAAUGUUCUCACGUUUACAGCACGUGCCGAAGAGAGUUUCUCGAAGAGAGCAUCUCGAGGCUAGGUUUACAAAAGCUGAGCAUCGACGAAGUCCAAAAAAUGCCAUGGCAAGAGCUAGAAGACGAGAUUGAACGCUGGAUCAAAGCCGCAAACGUCGCGCUUCGCAUCCUCUUCCCUAGCGAACGCUGGUUAUGCGAUCGCGUCUUUUUUGGAUUCUCCUCCGCUGCUGAUCUUUCCUUCAUGGAAGUCUGCCGUGGCUCCACCAUUCAGUUACUUAAUUUUGCUGACGCAAUUGCUAUUGGAAGCCGAUCACCGGAGAGACUUUUCAAAGUUCUCGAUGUGUUCGAGACUUUGCGGGACUUGAUGCCUGAAUUUGAUUCUGUUUUUUCGAAUCAGUACUGUUUGGUUCUUAGAAACGAAGCGGUUACCAUUUGGAAGAGGUUAGGAGAAGCAAUUAGAGGGAUAUUCAUGGAAUUAGAGAAUUUGAUUCGGCGGGACCCAGCCAAGGCAGCUGUUCCUGGUGGCGGACUUCAUCCAAUUACACGUUAUGUAAUGAAUUAUCUCCGUGCCGCAUGUCGUUCGCGACAGACGUUAGAACAAGUUUUCGAUGAAAGUAAUGUGGUUGUUCCACCUAAUAAACUUGAUGAUAGAGGAUCAUCUUCGUCUUCAAUGUCGGUUCAAAUGGCGUGGAUUAUGGAGCUUUUGGAGAGUAAUUUGGAGGUAAAGUCGAAGAUUUAUAGGGACUCUGCUUUGUGCUCUGUUUUUAUGAUGAAUAAUGUAAGAUAUAUUGUACAAAAAGUGAAGGAUUGUGAGUUGGGGUCACUUUUGGGUGAUGAUUGGAUCCGAAAACACACUGCAAAAGUCCGGCAAUAUUGUACAAAUUAUCAAAGAAGUUCAUGGAAUAAGAUUCUGGGAACGUUAAAGCUUGACAAUUCCUCCUUGGCUUCGAAUGCGAUUGCCAAGUCUAUGAAGGAGAAGAUCAAGUCAUUCAAUUCACAGUUUGAGGAGGUACGUAAAACUCAGUCUACAUGGGUUGUAUUCGAUGAGCAGCUGAGAGAAGAGUUGAGGAUUUCAGUGUCUAGACUUUUGUUACCAGCCUAUAGAAAUUUCAUUGGGAGGUUACAAUGCAUUCCUGAAAUUGGGAGGAAUGCCGACAGGCUUAUUAGGUAUGGCCCAGAGGAUAUUGAGGCUAGGAUUAACGAGUUGUUUGAGGGAGGCAGUGGGUCAUCUGGUGGCAGGAAGUAAAAUAAGCUGCAGGUAGUUAAUGGUAGUCUAAAAUGAUUUGCAGUAAUACUGGGUGUUUGUAAUGUAUUUAGCACAGUUUUUCUUUUUCUAUUUGUGAAUCAACUCAGGGAUAGUUUGCCUGUGUGUUAAACAGAAUGGUAUUCUGGUCUCAAGUUGUAUUAUAAUCUUGCAGUGUUUUCUUCAUUCUGUAUAUAGCAAAUAUAGUCAUACAUGAGGUAUUAUCAUCUGAGGAAUUCUUGUUACAGGUAUUUUUCUGAACUGCUACUGCUUUGGAACAAAAUUAGAUCAAAUGAAGUCCAAGCUAUUUUUU